CAUUCUGUGUUUUUAUCUCACAACGAGCACUAGCUUCUACUCCCAGUAUUUUUUGGAAAAUAUUUUUCAGGAGUCUAAUAAUUUUUCUUAAAAUAUAAGCAGACGUGUUUUGUGAAAAGUUUCUUCCAAAUUUAAUUUAAUUUGAUAUUUCACAUCAUGAUUUCGGCGAACUGCAACCACAAGAGAGGGACGAACCCCUACACCAAGGAGUCUGUGACCAAGACCCUGGUGACCCCGAUCAUAUGGCCCAAUUCGCGUAGGGAAAUGUUUCUAAGACGCUUCCAGGAAUCUCGGCAUGCGUGGCCGGUCCUGAACGAGAUCCUGGCAGACGUGGAGUGUCAGCCCAUGCACGUGCUCAUAUUCGCUGCCUCCACUAUCCACUUCAAGAUCAAGCGAGAGGCACACAUCCUGACCCCGGAAAGCGUCCUUGAGCUGAAGAGCUGCCUGACCAAGCACCUGCAGGAAGCGGCACUCCUGCCUUUUGGAAGAACCCUGGUCAAACAGCUCGCCCUAUGCCUCGUGCGCUUGGGCCUAUACUUUGCAACCUGGUGUCACGAGCUACCUGAGCUCUCCGAGGCGAUGGUCCAGAACUGCCCGGAGCACAUCCGCGCCUUCCUCGAGCUCCUGGAGCUGCUGCCCGGGGAGGCCCGCGAUUUUAUCCGAAGAGUGCGUCCCGAUCGGGAGUAUUUCAUCCAGCUCCACCUUAGGGAACAUGCCCGCCACGUGGUGACCCUCAUGGGGCAGCUGCUCGAUAAUGAGAACAUCGGACUCGAGGGCGAAAAGCAGUGCCUCAAGGUAGGGAUCCAACUUCUAUUCCUUUUCUUCCAAUAAUCCUUCUCUUCCGCCUGGAGG